GUAAAACUCUUACCUUACUAGAGUAUUCAUCGACUCUAUAUUCAUUAUUAUAUUUCAUAAUUUAUUUAAUUUAUGAUGAUAAGAAUAAUUUGCUGCCAAAAGCUGAUAUCAUUAAAAUUUAGGAGUUCUAAUCUAUUUGAAAGCAGAUUACUUGAUUAAAUUUCUAAGUUUUUUAUUUCAACUAUGGAAGAGUGUUUAUUCAAUCCUCCUCUUCCCUAUAGUGAAAUUAUAAAACCUUCCUUGUAGGGGAAAGGAGGCUUGUACUUAGGGCAGAUAGAAGUUGCUGAAAAUUAUGAAAAACUUAAAAAGCUAAGGAUAGGAGCGAUCGUUUCAAUUAUUGGAUAUCCACUUAGGCUAAAUUAUGAUAAUAAAAUCAAGCAUUUGUAUCUUGAAGCGUACGACAGAGAAGAUUAAAAUAUAGAGUAAUAUUUUGAUGCUUCUUACACAUUCAUAAAUGAAAACAUUAAAAAGACAAAUGUAUUUGUGCAUUGCUAAUUGGGAAUAUCUCGAAGCUCAUCAAUAGUAAUUGCUUACUUGAUGAUGAAGAAUAAAUAAACAACUUUUUUGAAGGAAUUGCAAUUUGUGAAAUCCAAAAGAGAUUGUGCUCAUCCUAACGAUGGCUUCCAGAAGCAGCUAAUGAACUUGGAAAAGAAAUUAUCUAAAAACUCAUGACUUUAGCAUUGAAAAUAAGCGAAUUACUAAAUAAAAAUGACAUUCUUGAAAAAAAUCCUAACAAAAAUUCAAAUAAUAUAAAAAGAAUAGAUAUUAAUUUAUUAUAAAUUAAACAUGCUAGAUGAAUUUGAUAAAUUGUGUUAUGAGAGCAGUUUUCAGUCUUUUUUAAAGAUGAAUGAAGACAGUCUCAUGCAUAAUUACUUUCAAGUGAAGUAUAUGUUACUUCUACAUGUCAACAUGCUUAUUUUUAGAAUUAAUUAUUAACAAUUACUAUUGUAAGUAUUAAUCUCCUCAUUUUUACAUGACUUGAGUAUUCUAUCAAAGGAUAUUUGAUUGCCAAAAUUAUAUUACAAAUCGUACCUCAUUUAAAUAAAUUACUUUUUUGUAUCCUAUAUUAUUUUUAUUGUACGAUUUUGAAGCUACACUGAAGAGUAACACAUACUUUAAUAUUUUGUUUUUUAGUUGCAAAAAGUCAAAAUAUAAGUGUAACUUUGUUUCCAUAUUGCAUUUUGUAUGAUAGAGAGACUAAUUAUAUUAUAGAGUAUUUUUUUAAAUUAAAAAAGUAUUGUUA